AUGGUCGUGGACGUGGACCUGGACGUGGACCUGGACGUGGACAUGGACGUGGACAUGGUCGUGGACGUGGACGUGGACGUGGACAUGGACGUGGACGUGGACGUGGACGUGGACAUGGACGUGGACGUCGACGUGGACAUGGACGUGGACGUGGACGUGGACGUGGACAUGAACGUGGACGUGGACGUGGACGUGGAUAUGGACGUGGACGUGGAGGUGGACGUGGACGUGGACGUGGACGUGGACGUUGUCGUGGACGUGGACGUGGACGUCGACGUGGACAUGGACGUGGACGUGGACGUGGACCUGGACGUGGACGUGGACAUGGACGUGGACGUGGAUGUGGAGGACUUGGACGUGGACAUGGACGUGGACGUGGACAUGGACGUGGACCUGGACGUGGACGUGGACAUGGACGUGGACGUGGAUGUGGAGGACUUGGACGUGGACAUGGACGUGGACGUGGACGUGGACAUGGACGUGGACGUGGACGUGGACGUGGAUGUGGACGUGGACGUGGACGUGGACAUGGACAUGGACGUGGACGUGGACAUGGACGUGGACGUGGACAGGGACGUGGACGUGGACAUGGACGUCGACAUGGACGUGGACGUGGAGGUGGACGUGGACGUGGACGUGGACAUGGACAUGGACGUGGACGUGGACGUGGACAUGGACGUGAUCGUAGACGUGGACGUGGACAUGGACGUUGACGUGGACGUUGAGGACUUGAACGUGGACUGGACGGACGUGGACGUGGACGUGGACGUCGACAUGGACAUGGACGUGGACAUGGACGUGGACGUGGACAGGGACGUGGACGUCGACAUGGACGUGGACGUGGAGGUGGACGUGGACGUGGACGUGGACGUGGACGUGGUCGUGGACGUUUACGUGGACAUGGACGUGGACGUGGACGUGGACAUGGAGAUGGACAUGGACGUAGACGUGGACAUGGACGUGGACGUGGACGUGGACGUGGACGUGGACGUAGACGUGGACAUGGACGUGGACGUGGACAUGGACGUGGACGUGGACGUGGACGUCGACGUGGACGUGGACAUGGACGUGGACGUGGAUGUGGACGUGGACGUGGAUGUGGACGUGGACGUGGACGUGGACAUGGACGUGGACGUGGACGUGGACGUGGACGUGGACGUGGUCGUGGACGUGUACGUAGACAUGGACGUGGACGUGGACGUGGACAUGGACAUGGACGUGGACGUGGACAUGGACGUGGACGUGGACGUCGACGUGGACAUGGACGUGGAUGUGGACAUGGACGUGGUCAUGCACGUGGACGUGGACGUGGACAUGAACGUAGACGUGGACGUGGACGUGGACAUGGACGUGGACGUGGACGUGGACAUGGAGGUGGACGAGGACGUGGACAUGGACGUGGACAAGGACGUGGAUUUGGACGUGGACGUGGACGUGGACAUGGACGUGGACGUGGACGUGGACGUCGACAUGGACGUGGACGUGGAGGUGGACGUGGACGUGGACAUGGACGUGGACAUCGACCUGGACGUGGACGUGGACAUGGACGUGGACGUGGACGUGGAUGUGGACGUGGACGUGGAGAUGGACGUGGACAUGGACGUGGACGUAGACGUGGAGGUGGACAUGGACGUAGACGUGGACAUGGAUGUGGACGUGGAGGUGGACGUGGACAUGGACGUGGACGUGGACAUGGACAUGAACGUGGACAUGGACGUGGACGUGGACAUGGACGUGGACAUGGACGUGGACGUGGACGUGGACGUGGACAUGGACGUGGACGUGGACGUGGACGUGGUCGUGGACGUGGACGUGGAUGUGGACAUGGACGUGGACAUGGACGUGGACGUGAACGUGGUCGUAGACGUGGACGUGGACAUGGACGUGGACGUGGACGUGGACUUGGAGGACUUGAACGACUUGGACGUGGACAUGGACGUGGACGUGGACAUGGACUUGGACGUGGACGUGGACGUGGACGUCGACGUGGACAUGGACGUGGACGUGGACGUGGACGUGGACGUGGAUAUGGACGUGGACAUGGACGUGGACAUGGACGUAGGCGUGGAUUUGGACGUGGACGUGGACAGGGACGUGGACGUGGACGUGGACGUCGACAUGGACGUGGACGUGGAGGUGGAUGUGGACAUGGACGUGGACGUGGACCUGGACAUGGACGUGGACGUGGUCGUGGACGUGGACGUGGACAUGGACGUGGACGUGGACGUGGACGUGGAGGACUUGAACGUGGACUUGGACGUGGACAUGGACGUGGACGUGGACAUGGACGUGGACGUGGACAUGGACGUGGACGUGGACAUGGAAAGGGACGUGGACGUGGACGUGGACGUCGACAUGGACGUGGACGUGGACAUGGACAUGGACGAGGACGUGGACAUGGACGUGGACGUGGACGUAGACGUGGACGUGGAUGUGGACGUGGACGUGGACGUGGACGUGGACGUGGACGUUGAGGUGGACGUGGACGUGGUCAUGGACGUGUACGUGGACAUGGACGUGGACGUGGACGUGGACAUGGACAUGGACGUGGACGUAGACGUGGACAUGGACGUGGACGUGGACGUGGACGUGGACGUAGACGUGGACAUGGACGUGGACGUGGACAUGGACGUGGAUGUGGACGUGGACGUGGACGUCGACGUGGACGUGGACAUGGACGUGGACGUGGACGUGGACGUGGAUGUGGACGUGGACGUGGACGUGGACAUAGACGUGGACGUGGACGUGGACGUGGACGUGGUCGUGGACGUUUACGUGGACAUGGACGUGGACGUGGACGUGGACAUGGACAUGGACGUGGACGUGGACAUGGACGUGGACGUGGACGUCGACGUGGACAUGGACGUGGAUGUGGACAUGGACGUGGUCAUGCACGUGGACGUGGACGUGGACAUGAACGUAGACAUGGACGAGGACGUGGACAUGGACGUGGACAAGGACGUGGAUUUGGACGUGGACGUGGACGUGGACAUGGACGUGGACGUGGACGUGGACGUCGACAUGGACGUGGACGUGGAGGUGGACGUGGACGUGGACAUGGACGUGGACAUCGACCUGGACGUGGACGUGGACAUGGACGUGGACGUGGACGUGGAUGUGGACGUGGACGUGGAGAUGGACGUGGACAUGGACGUGGACGUAGACGUGGACGUGGACAUGGACGUAGACGUGGACAUGGAUGUGGACGUGGAGGUGGACGUGGACAUGGACGUGGACGUGGACAUGGACAUGAACGUGGACAUGGACGUGGACGUGGACAUGGACGUGGACAUGGACGUGGACGUGGACGUGGACGUGGACAUGGACGUGGACGUGGACGUGGUCGUGGACGUGGACGUGGAUGUGGACAUGGACGUGGACAUGGACGUGGACGUGGACGUGGACGUGGUCCUCGACGUGGACGUGGACAUGGACGUGGACGUGGACGUGGACUUGGAGGACUUGAACGACUUGGACGUGGACAUGGACGUGGACGUGGACAUGGACUUGGACGUGGACGUGGACGUGGACGUGGACAUGGACGUGGACGUGGACGUGGACGUGGAUAUGGACGUGGACAUGGACGUGGACAUGGACGUGGGCGUGGAUUUGGACGUGGACGUGGACAGGGACGUGGACGUGGACGUGGACGUCGACAUGGACGUGGACGUGGAGGUGGAUGUGGACAUGGACGUGGACGUGGACCUGGACAUGGACGUGGACGUGGACGUGGUCGUGGACGUGGACGUGGACAUGGACGUGGACGUGGACGUGGACGUGGAGGACUUGAACGUGGACUUGGACGUGGACAUGGACGUGGACGUGGACAUGGACGUGGACGUGGACAUGGACGUGGACGUGGACGUGGACAGGGACGUGGACGUGGACGUCGACAUGGACGUGGACGUGGACAUGGACGUGGACGUGGACAGGGACGUGGACGUGGACGUGGUCGUGGACGUGGACGUGGACGUGGACGUGUACAUGGACAGGGACGUGGACGUGGACGUGGAGGACGUGGACGUUGACGUGGACGUGGACAUGGACGUGGUCGUGGACGUGGACGUGAACAUGGACGUGGAGGAGGUGGACGUUGAGGUGGACGUGGACAUGGACGUGGUCGUGGACGUGGAGGACUUGGACGUGGACGUGGACGUGAACGUGGACAUGGACGUGGUCGUGGACAUGGACGUAGACGUGGACGUGGACCUGGACGUGGACAUGGACGUGGACGUGGACGUGGACAUGAACGUGGACGUGGACGUGGAUAUGGACGUGGACGUGGAGGUGGACGUGGACGUGGACGUGGAUGUGGACGUGGACAUGGAUGUGGACGUAGACGUGGACGUGGACGUUGUCGUGGAUGUGGACGUGGACGUGGACGUCGACGUGGACAUGGACGUGGACGUGGACGUGGACCUGGACGUGGACGUGGACAUGGACGUGGACGUGGAUGUGGAGGACUUGGACGUGGACAUGGACGUGGACGUGGACGUGGACAUGGACGUGGACGUGGACGUGGACGUGGAUGUGGACGUGGACGUGGACGUGGACGUGGAUAUGGACGUGGACGUGGACGUGGACAUGGACGUGGACGUGGACGUGGACAUGGACGUGGUCGUAGACGUGGACGUGGACAUGGACGUGGACGUGGACGUGGAGGACUUGAACGUGGACUGGACGGACGUGGACGUGGACGUGGACGUCGACAUGGACAUGGACGUGGACAUGGACGUGGACUUGGACAGGGACGUGGACGUCGACAUGGACGUGGACGUGGAGGUGGACGUGGACGUGGACGUGGACGUGGACGUGGUCGUGGACGUGUACGUGGACAUGGACGUGGACGUGGACGUGGACAUCGACAUCGACGUGGACGUAGACGUGGACAUGGACGUGGACGUGGACGUGGACGUGGACGUGGACGUAGACGUGGACAUGGACGUGGACGUGGACAUGGACGUGGACGUGGACGUGGACGUGGACGUGGACAUGGACGUGGACGUGGACGUGGACGUGGAUGUGGACGUGGACGUGGACGUGGACAUGGACGUGGAUGUGGACGUGGACUUGGACGUGGACGUGGUCGUGGACGUGUACGUGGACAUGGACGUGGACGUGGACGUGGACAUGGACAUGGACAUGGACGUGGACGUGGACAUGGACGUGGACGUGGACGUCGACGUGGACAUGGACGUGGAUGUGGACGUGGACGUGGUCAUGCACGUGGACGUGGACGUGGACAUGGAGGUGGACGAGGACGUGGACAUGGACGUGGACAAGGACGUGGAUUUGGACGUGGACGUGGACGUGGACAUGGACGUGGACGUGGACGUGGACGUCGACAUGGACGUGGACGUGGAGGUGGACGUGGACGUGGACAUGGACGUGGACAUCGACCUGGUUGUGGACGUGGACAUGGACGUGGACGUGGACGUGGAUGUGGACGUGGACGUGGAGAUGGACGUGGACAUGGACGUGGACGUAGACGUGGACGUGGACAUGGACGUAGACGUGGACAUGGAUGUGGACGUGGAGGUGGACGUGGACAUGGACGUGGACGUGGACAUGGACAUGAACGUGGACAUGGACGUGGACGUGGACAUGGACGUGGACAUGGACGUGGACGUGGACGUGGACAUGGACGUGGACGUGGACGUGGACGUGGUCGUGGACUUGGACGUGGAUGUGGACAUGGACGUGGACAUGGACGUGGACGUGGACAUGGACGUGGUCGUAGACGUGGACGUGGACAUGGACGUGGACGUGGACGUGGACUUGGAGGACUUGAACGACUUGGACGUGGACAUGGACGUGGACGUGGACAUGGACUUGGACGUGGACGUCGACGUGGACGUGGACAUGGACAUGGACGUGGACGUGGACGUGGACGUGGAUAUGGACGUGGACAUGGACGUGGACAUGGACGUGGGCGUGGAUUUGGACGUGGACGUGGAUUGGGACGUGGACGUGGACGUGGACGUCGACAUGGACGUGGACGUGGAGGUGGAUGUGGACAUGGACGUGGACGUGGACCUGGACAUGGACGUGGACGUGGUCGUGGACGUGGACGUGGACAUGGACGUGGACGUGGACGUGGACGUGGACGUCGACGUGGACGUGGACGUGGACGUGGACGUGGACGUGGUCGUGGACGUGGACAUGGUCGUAGACGUAGACGUGGACGUGGACGUGGUCGUGGACAUGGACGUGGACGUGGACGUGGACGUGGACGUGGACAUGGACGUGGACGUGGACGUGGACGUAGACGUGGACGAGGACAUGGAUGUGGAUGUCGAAGUGGACGUGGACGUGGACGUGGACAUGGACGUGGACAUGGACGUGGAUGAGGACGUGGACGUGGACGUGGACAUGGACGUGGACGUGGACGUGGACAUGGACGUGGAGAUGGACAUGGACGUGGACGUGGACGUGGAGGUGGACAUGAACGUGGACAUGGACGUGGACGUGGACGUGGACGUGGACGUGGACGUGGACGUGGACAUGGACGUGGACGUGGACAUGGACGUGGACGUGGAGAUGGACGUGGAUGUGGACAUGGACGUGCACGUGGACGUAAACGUAGACGUGGAAGUGGACAUGGACGUGGACGUCAAAGUGGACGUGGACGUGGACAUGGACGUGGACGUGGAUGUGGACGUGGACGUGGACGUGGACGUGGACAUGGACGUGGACGUGGACGUGGACGUGGUCGUGGACGUGGACGUGGACGUGGACAUGGACGUGGACGUGGACGAGGACGUGGACAUAGACGUGGACGUGGGCGUGGAUGUGGACGUGGACGUGGACGUGGACCUGGACAUGGACGUGGAUGUGGACGUGGACAUGGUCGUGGACGUGGACCUGGACGUGGACGUGGACGUGGACGUGGACAUGGACGUGGACAUGGUCGUGGACAUGGACGUGGACGUUGACAUGGACGUGGAGGUGGACGUGGACGUGGACGUGGACGUGGACAUGGACGUGGACGUGGACGUGGUCGUGGACGUGGACGUGGACGUGGACGUGGACAUGGACGUGGACGUGGACGUGGACAUCGACGUGGACGUCGACGUGGACAUGGACGUAGACGUGGACGUGGACGUGGAUGUGGACAUGGACGUGGACGUGGACAUCGACGUGGUCGUGGACGUGGACGUGGACAUCGACGUGGACGUGGACGUGGACGUGGACGUGGUCGUGGUCGUGGACGUGGACGUAGACGUGGACGUGGACGUAGACAUGGUCGUGGACGUGGACAUGGAGGUGGACGUGGACGUGGACAUGGACGUGGAUGUGGACAUGGACGUAGACGUGGACAGGGACGUGGACGUGGACGUGGACGUCGACAUGGACGUGGACGUGGACAUGGACGUGGACGUGGACGUGGACAUGGACGUGGACAUGGACGUGGACGUGGACGUGGACAUGGACGUGGACAUGGACGUGGACGUGGACGUGGACAUGGACGUGGUCGUGGACGUGGACGUGGACAUGGACGUGGACGUGGACGUGGACGUAGACGUGGACGUGGACGUGGACAUGGACGUGGACGUGGACGUGGACGUGGACGUGGACGGGGACGUGGACGUGGACGUUUACUUGGACAUGGACGUGGACGUGGACAUGGACGUGGACGUGGACGUGGACGCGGACAUGGAAGUGGACAUGGACGUGGACGUGGACGUGGACGUGGACGUGGACAUGGACGUGGACAUGGAAGUGGUCGUGGACGUGGACGUGGACAUGGACGUGGACGUGGAGGUGGACGUGGACAUGGACGUGGACGUGGACAUGGACAUGAACGUGGACAUGGACGUGGACGUGGACAUGGACGUGGACAUGGACGUGGACAUGGACGUGGACGUGGACAUGGACGUGGACGUGGACGUGGACGUGGUCGUGGACGUGGACAUGGACGUGGACAUGGACGUGGACGUGGACGUGGACGUGGUCGUAGACGUGGACGUGGACAUGGACGUGGACGUGGACGUGGACUUGGAGGACUUGAACGACUUGGACGUGGACAUGGACGUGGACGUGGACAUGGACGUGGACGUGGACGUGGACGUGGACGUGGACGUGGACGUGGACAUGGAUGUGGACGUGGACGUGGACGUAGACGUGGAUAUGGACGUGGACAUGGACGUGGACAUGGACGUGGGCGUGGAUUUGGACGUGGACGUGGACAGGGACGUGGACGUGGACGUGGACGUCGACAUGGACGUGGACGUGGAGGUGGACGUGGACAUGGACGUGGACGUGGACCUGUACAUGGACGUGGACGUUGACGUGGUCGUGGACGUGGACGUGGACAUGGACGUGGACGUGGACAUGGACGUGGACGUGGACGUGGAAGUCGACGUGGACGUGGACGUGGACGUGGACGUGGACGUGGACGUGGUCGUGGACGUGGACAUGGUCGUGGACGUGGACGUGGACGUGGACGUGGUCGUGGACAUGGACGUGGACGUGGACGUGGACGUGGACAUGGACGUGGACGUCGACGUGGACGUAGACGUGGACGAGGACAUGGACGUGGACGUCGAAGUGGACGUGGACGUGGACGUGGACAUGGACGUGGACAUGGUCGUGGAUGUGGACGUGGACGUGGACGUGGACAUGGACGUGGACGUGGACGUGGACAUGGACGUGGAGAUGGACAUGGACGUGGACGUGGACGUGGAGGUGGACAUGAACGUGGACGUAGACGUGGAAGUGGACAUGGACGUGGACGUCAAAGUGGACGUGGACGUGGACAUGGACGUGGACGUGGACGUGGAUGUGGACGUGGACGUGGACGUGGACAUGGACGUGGACGUGGACGUGGACGUGGUCGUGGACGUGGACGUGGACGUGGACAUGGACGUGGACGUGGACGUGGACGAGGACGUGGACAUGGACGUGGACGUGGACGUGGAUGUGGACAUGGACGUGGACGUGGACAUGGACAUGGACGUGGAUGUGGACGUGGACAUGGUCGUGGACGUGGACCUGGACGUGGACGUGGACGUGGACAUGGACGUGGACAUGGUCGUGGACGUGGACGUGGACGUGGACGUGGACGUGGACGUGGACGUGGACAUGGACGUGGACGUGGACGUGGACGGGACGGACGUGGACGUGGACGUUGACGUCGACAUGGACGUGGACGUGGACAUGGACGUGGACGUGGACAUGGACGUGGACAUGGACGUGGACGUGGACGUGGACAUGGACGUGGACAUGGACGUGGACGUGGACGUGGACGUGGUCGUGGACGUGGACGUGGACGUGGACGUGGACAUGGACGUGGACGUGGACGUGGACGUAGACGUGGACGUGGACGUGGACAUGGACGUGGACGUGGACGUGGACGUGGACGUGGACGGGGACGUGGACGUGGAUGUUUACGUGGACAUGGACGUGGACGUGGACAUGGACGUGGACGUGGACGUGGACGCGGACAUGGAAGUGGACAUGGACGUGGACGUGGACGUGGACGUGGACGUGGACAUGGACGUGGACAUGGAAGUGGUCGUGGACGUGGACGUGGACAUGGACGUGGACGUGGAGGUGGACGUGGACAUGGACGUGGACGUGGACAUGGACAUGAACGUGGACAUGGACGUGGACGUGGACAUGGACGUGGACAUGGACGUGGACAUGGACGUGGACGUGGACAUGGACGUGGAUGUGGACGUGGUCGUGGACGUGGACGUGGACGUGGACAUGGACGUGGACAUGGACGUGGACGUGGACGUGGACGUGGUCGUAGACGUGGACGUGGACAUGGACGUGGACGUGGACGUGGACUUGGAGGACUUGAACGUGGACUCGACGUGGACGGACGUGGACGUGGACGUGGACGUCGACAUGGACGUGGACGUGGAGGUGGACGUGGACAUGGACGUGGACGUGGAACUGUACAUGGACGUGGACGUGGACGUGGUCGUGGACGUGGACGUGGACAUGGACGUGGACGUGGACGUGGAGGACUUGAACGUGGACUUGGACGUGGACAUGUACGUGGACGUGGACAUGGACGUGGACGUGGCCAUGGACGUGGACGUGGACGUGGAUGCGGACAUGGAAGUGGACAUGGACGUGGACGUGGACGUGGACGUGGACGUGGACGUGGACAUGGACGUGGACAUGGAAGUGGUCGUGGACGUGGACGUGGACAUGGACGUGGACGUGGACGUGGACAUGGACGUGGACAUGGACGUGGACUUGGCCGUGGACGUGGUCGUGGACGUGGACGUGGACGUGGACAUGGACGUGGACGUGGACGUGGACGUGGACGUGGACUUGGACGUGGACAUGGACAUGGACGUGGAAGUGGACGUGGACGUGGACGUGGACGUGGACAUGGACGUGGACGUGGACAUGGACAUGGACGUGGACAUGGACGUGGACGUGGACGUGGACGUGGACGUGGACAUGGACGUGGACGUGGACGUGGACGUGAACGUGGACGUGGUCGUGGACGUGGACGUGGACAUGGACGUCGACGUGGACGUGGACGUGGACGUGGACGUGGACGUCGACGUGGACAUGGACCUGGACGUGGACGUGGACGUGGACGUGGACGUGGUCAUGGACGUGGACGUGGACGUGGACAUGGACGUGGACGUGGACGUGGACGUGGACAUGGACGUGGACAUGGACGUGGACGUGGACGUGGACAGGGACGUGGACGUGGACGUGGACGUCGACAUGGACGUGGACGUGGACAUGGACAUGGACAGGGACGUGGAUGUGGACGUGGACGUGGACGUGGACGUGGUUGUGGACGUGGACGUGGACGUGGACAUGGAGGUGGACGUGGACGUGGACAUGGACGUGGACGUGGACAUGGACGUGGAUGUUGACGUGGACGUGGACAUGGACGUGGUCGUGGACAUGGAGGACUUGGACGUGGACGUGGACGUGGACGUGGACGUGGACAUGGACGUGGUCGUGGACGUGGACGUAGACGUGGACGUGGACGUGGAUGUGGACUUGGACGUAGACAUGGACGUGGACAUGGACGUCGACGUGGACAGGGACGUGGACGUGGACGUGGACGUCGACAUGGACGUGGACGUGGAGGUGGACGUGGACGUGGACGUGGACGUGGACAUGGACGUGGACGUGGACGUGGACGUGGUCGUGGACGUGGACGUGGACCUGAACGUGGACGUGGACGUGGAGGACUUGAACGUGGACUGGACGGACGUGGACGUGGACGUGGACGUCGACAUGGACGUGGACGUGGAGGUGGACGUGGACGUGGACGUGGACAUGGACGUGGACGUGGACAUGGAUGUGGACGUGGACGUGGUCGACGUGGACGUGGACGUCGACGUGGACAUGGACGUGGACAUGGACGUGGACGUGGACAUGGACGUGGACGUGGACGUGGACAUGAACGUAGACGUGGACGUGGACGUGGACGUGGACAUGGAGGUGGACGAGGACGUGGACAUGGACGUGGACAAGGACGUGGACAUAGACGUGGACGUGGACAUGGACGUGGACGUGGACGUGGAUGUCGACAUGGACGUGGACGUGGAGGUGGACGUGGACGUGGACGUGGACGUGGACGUGGACAUCGACCUGGACGUGGACGUAGACAUGGACGUGGACGUGGACGUGGAUGUGGACAUGGACGUGGAGAUGGACGUGGACAUGGACGUGGACGUAGACGUGGACGUGGACAUGGACGUGGACGUGGACGUAGACGUGGACGUGGACGUGGACAUGGACGUGGACGUGGACGUGGACAUCGACGUAGACGUGGACGUGGACGUGGACGUGGUCGUGGUCGUAGACGUGGACGUGGACGUGGACGUGGACGUAGACAUGGUCGUGGACGUGGACAUGGAGGUGGACGUGGACGUGGAAAUGGACGUGGAUGUGGACAUGGACGUGGACGUGGACAGGGACGUGGACGUGGACGUUGACGUCGACAUGGACGUGGACGUGGACAUGGACGUGGACGUGGACAUGGACGUGGACAUGGACGUGGACGUGGACGUGGACAUGGACGUGGACAUGGACGUGGACGUGGACGUGGACGUGGUCGUGGACGUGGACGUGGACGUGGACGUGGACAUGGACGUGGACGUGGACGUGGACGUAGACGUGGACGUGGACGUGGACAUGGACGUGGACGUGGACGUGGACGUGGACGUGGACGGGGACGUGGACGUGGAUGUUUACGUGGACAUGGACGUGGACGUGGACAUGGACGUGGACGUGGACGUGGACGCGGACAUGGAAGUGGACAUGGACGUGGACGUGGACGUGGACGUGGACGUGGACAUGGACGUGGACAUGGAAGUGGUCGUGGACGUGGACGUGGACAUGGACGUGGACGUGGAGGUGGACGUGGACAUGGACGUGGACGUGGACAUGGACAUGAACGUGGACAUGGACGUGGACGUGGACAUGGACGUGGACAUGGACGUGGACAUGGACGUGGACGUGGACAUGGACGUGGAUGUGGACGUGGUCGUGGACGUGGACGUGGACGUGGACAUGGACGUGGACAUGGACGUGGACGUGGACGUGGACGUGGUCGUAGACGUGGACGUGGACAUGGACGUGGACGUGGACGUGGACUUGGAGGACUUGAACGUGGACUCGACGUGGACGUGGACGUGGACGUGGACGGACGUGGACGUGGACGUGGACGUCGACAUGGACGUGGACGUGGAGGUGGACGUGGACAUGGACGUGGACGUGGAACUGUACAUGGACGUGGACGUGGACGUGGUCGUGGACGUGGACGUGGACAUGGACGUGGACGUGGACGUGGAGGACUUGAACGUGGACUUGGACGUGGACAUGUACGUGGACGUGGACAUGGACGUGGACGUGGCCAUGGACGUGGACGUGGACGUGGAUGCGGACAUGGAAGUGGACAUGGACGUGGACGUGGACGUGGACGUGGACGUGGACGUGGACAUGGACGUGGACAUGGAAGUGGUCGUGGACGUGGACGUGGACAUGGACGUGGACGUGGACGUGGACAUGGACGUGGACAUGGACGUGGACUUGGCCGUGGACGUGGUCGUGGACGUGGACGUGGACGUGGACAUGGACGUGGACGUGGACGUGGACGUGGACGUGGACUUGGACGUGGACAUGGACAUGGACGUGGAAGUGGACGUGGACGUGGACGUGGACGUGGACAUGGACGUGGACGUGGACAUGGACAUGGACGUGGACAUGGACGUGGACGUGGACGUGGACGUGGACGUGGACAUGGACGUGGACGUGGACGUGGACGUGAACGUGGACGUGGUCGUGGACGUGGACGUGGACAUGGACGUCGACGUGGACGUGGACGUGGACGUGGACGUCGACGUGGACAUGGACCUGGACGUGGACGUGGACGUGGACGUGGACGUGGUCAUGGACGUGGACGUGGACGUGGACAUGGACGUGGACGUGGACGUGGACGUGGACAUGGACGUGGACAUGGACGUGGACGUGGACGUGGACAGGGACGUGGACGUGGACGUGGACGUCGACAUGGACGUGGACGUGGACAUGGACAUGGACAGGGACGUGGAUGUGGACGUGGACGUGGACGUGGACGUGGUUGUGGACGUGGACGUGGACGUGGACAUGGAGGUGGACGUGGACGUGGACAUGGACGUGGACGUGGACAUGGACGUGGAUGUUGACGUGGACGUGGACAUGGACGUGGUCGUGGACAUGGAGGACUUGGACGUGGACGUGGACGUGGACGUGGACGUGGACAUGGACGUGGUCGUGGACGUGGACGUAGACGUGGACGUGGACGUGGAUGUGGACUUGGACGUAGACAUGGACGUGGACAUGGACGUCGACGUGGACAGGGACGUGGACGUGGACGUGGACGUCGACAUGGACGUGGACGUGGAGGUGGACGUGGACGUGGACGUGGACGUGGACAUGGACGUGGACGUGGACGUGGACGUGGUCGUGGACGUGGACGUGGACCUGAACGUGGACGUGGACGUGGAGGACUUGAACGUGGACUGGACGGACGUGGACGUGGACGUGGACGUCGACAUGGACGUGGACGUGGAGGUGGACGUGGACGUGGACGUGGACAUGGACGUGGACGUGGACAUGGAUGUGGACGUGGACGUGGUCGACGUGGACGUGGACGUCGACGUGGACAUGGACGUGGACAUGGACGUGGACGUGGACAUGGACGUGGACGUGGACGUGGACAUGAACGUAGACGUGGACGUGGACGUGGACGUGGACAUGGAGGUGGACGAGGACGUGGACAUGGACGUGGACAAGGACGUGGACAUAGACGUGGACGUGGACAUGGACGUGGACGUGGACGUGGAUGUCGACAUGGACGUGGACGUGGAGGUGGACGUGGACGUGGACGUGGACGUGGACGUGGACAUCGACCUGGACGUGGACGUAGACAUGGACGUGGACGUGGACGUGGAUGUGGACAUGGACGUGGAGAUGGACGUGGACAUGGACGUGGACGUAGACGUGGACGUGGACAUGGACGUGGACGUGGACGUAGACGUGGACGUGGACGUGGACAUGGACGUGGACGUGGACGUGUACGUGUACGUGGACGUGGAUGUGGACGUGGACAUAGACGUGGACGUGGACGUGGACGUGGACAUGGACGUGGACGUGGACGUGGACAUGGACGUGGAUGUGGACAUGGACGUGGACGUGGACGUGGAGGUGGACGUGGACAUGGACGUGGACGUGGACAUGGACAUGAACGUGGACAUGGACGUGGACGUGGACAUGGACGUGGACAUGGACGUUGACGUGGACGUGGACGACUUGGACGUGGACAUGGACGUGGACGUGGACGUGGACGUGGAUGUGGACGUGGACGUGGACGUGGACAUGGACAUGGACGUGGACGACAUGGACGUGGACAUGGACGUGGACGUAGACGUGGACGUGGACAUGGACAUGGACGUGGACGUGGAUGUGGACGUGGAUGUGGACGUGGUUGUGGACGUGAACGUGGAUGGACGUAGACGUAGACGUGGACGUGGACAUGGACGUGGACGUGGACGUCGACAUGGACGUGGACGUGGACAUGGACGUGGACGUGGACGUGGACAGGGACGUGGACGUGGACGUGGACGUCGACAUGGACGUGGACGUGGAGGUGGACGUGGACGUGGACGUGGACGUGGAUGUGGACGUGGACGUCGUCGUGGACGUGGACGUGGACAUGGACGUGGACGUGGACGUGGACGUGGAGGACUUGAACGUGGACUGGACGUGGACGUGGAUGUGGACGUGGACGUCGACGUGGACAUGGACGUGGACGUGGACAUGGACGUGGACAUGGACGUGGACGUAGACAUGGACAUGAACGUAGACGUGGACGUGGACGUGGACAUGGACGUGGACGUGGACGUGGACAUGGAGGUGGACGAGGACGUGGACAUGGACGUGGACAAGGACGUGGACAUGGACGUCGACGUGGACGUGGACAUGGACGUGGACGUGGACGUGGACGUCGACAUGGACGUGGACGUGGACGUGGACAUGAACGUGGACGUGGACGUGGACGUGGACAUGGACGUGGACGUGGACGUGGACAUGGAGGUGGACGUGGACGUGGACAUGGACGUGGACGAGGACGUGGACAUGGACGUGGACGUGGACGUAGACGUGGACGUGGAUGUGGACGUGAACGUGGAUGGAAGUGGACGUGGACGUGGACGUGGACAGGGACGUGGACGUGGACGAGGACGUCGACAUAGACGUGGCAUGGACAUGGAGGUGGACGUGGACAGGGACGUGGACGUGGACGUGGACGUCGACAUGGACGUGGACGUGGAGGUGGACGUGGACGUGGACGUGGACAUGGACGUGGACGUGGACAUGGAUGUGGACGUGGACGUGGUCGUGGAUGACGUGGACGUGGACGUCGACGUGGACAUGGACGUGGACAUGGACGUGGACGUGGACAUGGACGUGGACGUGGACGUGGACAUGAACGUAGACGUGGACGUGGACGUGGACGUGGACAUGGAGGUGGACGAGGACGUGGACAUGGACGUGGACAAGGACGUGGACAUAGACGUGGACGUGGACAUGGACGUGGACGUGGACGUGGAUGUCGACAUGGACGUGGACGUGGAGGUGGACGUGGACGUGGACGUGGACGUGGACGUGGACAUCGACCUGGACGUGGACGUAGACAUGGACGUGGACGUGGACGUGGAUGUGGACAUGGACGUGGAGAUGGACGUGGACAUGGACGUGGACGUAGACGUGGACGUGGACAUGGACGUGGACGUGGACGUAGACGUGGACGUGGACGUGGACAUGGACGUGGACGUGGACGUGUACGUGUACGUGGACGUGGAUGUGGACGUGGACAUAGACGUGGACGUGGACGUGGACGUGGACAUGGACGUGGACGUGGACGUGGACAUGGACGUGGAUGUGGACAUGGACGUGGACGUGGACGUGGAGGUGGACGUGGACAUGGACGUGGACGUGGACAUGGACAUGAACGUGGACAUGGACGUGGACGUGGACAUGGACGUGGACAUGGACGUUGACGUGGACGUGGACGUGGGGACAUAG